AUGGUCGCCACCAACCCGGACGCCGUCUUCCCUUCCCACAACCUCACGUCCAACUUUAGCUUUCCUCAAGAGGAAGAGAAGGUGCGUGCGUUGCACCCCAGGUUGAGCCUCGAGUUGAGGGAAAGGGCAGGACAGCGGUCGCCUUCCGGUCCUUUUCCCACCCAAGUCGAUCCCUCACUGUCCCCGAUGACUCAUCCGGUCGCCUCACUGCCCAAACCCCGCAGGUCCUGAGCUUCUGGAAGGAGAUUGAUGCGUUCCAAGAAUCAGUCAAGCAGUCGAUCGGCAAGCCGCAGUACUCGUUCUACGAUGGCCCGCCCUUUGCGACCGGAUUGCCUCAUCAUGGCCACAUCCUCAUGGGCACAGUCAAGGUGAACAGAUGGGUGUGGUCACCGCGCAAAGCAUGAACGAUACUGGCGUACUGAUCUUCGGGGUGCCACGUGUCGAUCACAGGACAUUGUGACGCGUUACGCCCACUCGAACGGGUUCUACGUCGAGAGGAGGUUCGGCUGGGACACGCACGGCCUGCCCGUCGAACACGAGAUUGACAAAAAGCUCGGCAUCACCUCCAAAGCCGACGUGAUGAAGAUGGGCAUCGACAAGUACAACGCCGAGUGCCGCUCGAUCGUGAUGCGGUAUUCGUCCGAAUGGCGCCGCACCGUCGAGCGGUUGGGCCGGUGGAUCGACUUUGACAACGACUACAAGACGCUCAACACGAGCUUCAUGGAGAGCGUGUGGUGGGUCUUUGGCCAGCUGUGGAACAAGGAUCUCGUCUAUCGCGGCCUGAAGGUGAUGCCCUACACGACCGGGUGCACGACCCCCAUGUCCAAUUUUGAGGCCGGUCUGGCCUACAAGGACGUGCAGGAUCCGGCGGGUGAGUGCGCGAACUGAAGAUCUUUUGUUAACGAAACAUAAAAAAGGCCUGACUCGAUCCCCUUUGCAACAGUCACCGUUUCAUUCCCUUUGCUCUCGGACCCUUCAGUCUCGUUGCUCGCGUGGACGACGACCCCGUGGACGCUGCCGACCAACUUGGCGCUGUGCGUCCACCCCGACUUGACCUACAUCAAGAUUCACGACGUCGAACGCGACGCCAAAUUCAUCCUCUGCGACGAGCUGCUCUCGACCUUGUACAAGGACCCGGCCAAGGCCAAGAAGGAGAAGAAGUACACCGUUCUGCAAAACUACAAGGGGCGCGACCUCGUCGGGCUCAAGUACGAGCCCCUCUUUACCUACUUUUACGACAAGUACAAGGACCAAGCGUUCAAGGUCAUCGCCGACACGUACGUCACCUCGACCUCGGGUACGGGUAUCGUCCACCAGGCGCCCGCGUUCGGUGAGGACGAUCACCGCAUCGCCAUACGCGACGGCAUUGUGCGCAAGGAGGAGAUGCCCCCCUGCCCCAUCGACGAAGCCGGCAUCUACACCGACGAGGUCCCCGACUUUCAGGGCCAGUACGUCAAGGACGCCGACAAGAACAUCAUCAAGUACCUGAAAGGGACGGGCCGGUUGAUCAUCUCGGCGACGCUGCAGCACUCGUAUCCAUUCUGCUGGCGCUCGGGCACCCCGUUGAUCUACCGCGCGAUCCCCGUGUGGUUCGUGCGCGUGCAGGACUCGACCGACAAGCUCGUCGCCAACAACAAAGAGACGCGCUGGGUCCCCGCCUCGGUCGGCGAGAACCGCUUCCAAAGCUGGCUCGAAAACGCGCGCGAUUGGAACAUCUCGCGCAACCGGUACUGGGGGACUCCGCUGCCGCUCUGGGCCAGCGAAGACUACGAGGAGAUCGUGUGCGUUAGUUCGAUCGAGGAGUUGAAUGAGCUGUCCGGCUGCGGCAUCCUCGCCGAUCUGCACCGCGACAAGAUUGACGACAUCCAGAUCCCCUCCAAAAAGGGCAAGGGUAUGUUGAAACGCGUCGAAGAGGUCUUUGACUGUUGGUUCGAGUCCGGAUCGAUGCCGUACGCGCAGGUCCACUACCCGUUCGAGAACAAAGAAAAGUUUGAGGCCUCGUUCCCCGCCGAUUUCAUCUCCGAGGCCAUGGACCAGACCCGCGGUUGGUUCUACACCUUGCUCGUGCUCUCGACGCACCUCUUUGGCACGGCCCCGUGGAAGAACUUGAUCGUGUGCGGCCACGUCCUCGCCGCCGACGGUAAAAAGAUGUCCAAGUCGUUGAAGAACUACCCCGACCCCAGCCUUAUCGUCGACACAUACGGCGCCGACGCCCUGCGCCUCUUUUUGAUCAACUCGCCCGUCGUUCGAGGGGACUCGUUGCGGUUCAAAGAGGAGGGCGUCAAGGACGUCGUCUCGCACGUCCUGUUGCCCUUGCUCAACUCGUACCGCUUCUUCCUCGGCCAGGCCGCGUUGCUCAAGAAAGAGCAGGACGUCGCUUUCGAGUACGACCCCCACGCCAAGCAGUCGAGCAAUGUCAUGGACCGGUGGAUCCUCGCGCGGUGCCAGUCGUUGAUUCAGCUUGUCAAGACCGAGAUGGAGGCGUACCGGUUGUACACCGUCGUCGCGCAGAUGCUGAGCUUGAUUGACGACCUCACCAACUGGUACAUUCGCUUCAACCGACGUCGCCUCAAGGGCGAGAACGGUCUCGAGGACACGCAGAGCGCGCUGCAAACCCUGUUCGAGACCCUGUUCACGCUCGUGCGCACCCUGUCCGCUUUUACGCCCUUUUUGACCGAGAACAUCUACCAGGGUCUCAAGGAAUUCUUCACCCAGGACCAGGCCAAACUUGGCUUGGGCGCCGACAUUCGUUCGCUGCACUUCCUGCCCUUCCCCGAGGUCAAGCAAGAGUACUUUGACCCGACGAUCGAGCGGCAGGUCUCGCGCCUGCAGGCCGUCAUCGACCUCGGUCGCACGGUGCGCGAACGCGGUCGUUCGCUCCCCGGCCAGUUCACGACCAUCAAGGAAGGCAAGGACAAGGGCAAGCAGAUCCCCGCGCGCGAAUCGGUGCCCAUCAAGUUCCCCUUGAACGAGCUCGUCGUCUUCCACCCCGACGCCGAGUACCUCGCCGACGUCAAGUCGCUGUUGCCGUACGUCGAACAAGAGUUGAACGUGCGCAACGUCGUGUUUUCGAGUUCCGAACAGGACUGCGGCAUCAAGUACGCCGCGACGGCCGAAUGGGCGACGCUCGGCAAGAAGUUGCGGAAGGACAUGGCCAAGGUCAAGAACGGCUUGCCCAAGGUCUCGUCCGAGGCGAUCAAAAAGUACCUCGAGACGGGCAAGCUCGACGUCGAGGGCAUCGAGCUCGUCGAGGGCGACCUCGUCGCGCAACGCUUCGUCGACGUCGAAGCGCUCCCCAAGGACAACGACAAGGAGUACGGCCACGAUAGCAACAACGACGUCGUCGUCCUACUCGACGUCACGCGUCGCCCCGAGUUGGAACAAGAGGGCCUGGCGAGGGAGGUCGUCAAUCGCGUGCAGAGGUUGAGGAAAAAGGCCGGACUCGUCGCGACGGACGACAUUGACGUAUUUUACUCGUUCGCCCAGGGCGUCGGCGACGAGCUCAAGGCCAUCAUUCACGGCAGCGAGGAUCUGAUGAAGCGGGUAUUGAAGUGUUGCCCGCGGCCUUGGGAGACGCAGUAUGGCCAAGGGCGGGAGGUCGUCAUUGAGGAGGAACAAGAGGUCGGUGAUGACAAGAUCACGCUCACGUUGGUUAGGGCAUAG